UUCACUAACUGUCCGCCCUGCCCUGCCUGAGUUUGCAGUUGAGUGCGCCACGGCUGUAUUAUAUAACUUUAAUGUACUCACGGGUUUAAUGGCGCAAGAGCAGAACAGCGCUCCGCAGAUCUGUGGAUUCAUUGCGGAAUUUUCCUGAAGUCGCAAACGAGUGACGGAUCGAUCACUUUUUUUUCCCCUCCUGCCACCGGCGACGUGCGUUAAAAGUUAUCGACAGAUCGGCGAAACGGCGCACACGGUGGAUCUCUCCAGCUCCGGCUCGGGUCAGCGACGUUGUUGACUUUACUUAUAGAAUUAGUUGCUAUUGCGGACGAUGUUUUCCUGCCGUACAGGGAGAGAGGCGGCAACAAAUCCAGCUGACAUUUCACCACGCAGCGUUACUGCAAGGAAGGGGGUCUGUUCCUGAGCCUGACCGUGUGGACAUUGCGUUAUUUCUCACAUUUUUUCCUCCAACUUGGACGCACGGGAGAUGACCUAACUGGCGGAGCGCAUCCUUCUUUCACCACAGGACAAAGAAAUGGAUCAGGGUGGACUGAAGCGCAACGGUAAUCAAGACGACAGCCUGACAUUUGGGGAGACAGGACCUGGAGUAGGUAGAGAAAUGGGUGACGCAGCGGGUUCACUGCUCCAGUCUGCAGCACACCUGAGCGUCCCAGGGUCUCUGCCCCUGCCCACAGUGGCCCCAAAUGGACGGGGUGGAACCAAAGACCAGGGGGACCUUGGAGGUCUCUUUGAGUCCCCUCAGCAUCAUGUCCUGUGUGAGGGCUCGGACAUGGAGGAGGGUAAAAUCAUCAGAAUGCAGAAACAGCACCAGGAUAUUGGUGUAUUCAACAUGGAGGACAACUUGCCGCUGUUAAAACAGAGUAUUUCUGAUCUCGACCGGACAUCCACCUCUGUCAUCAGCACCUCGGUCUCCUCCGUCCUGGGUAACCUCCCUCUGCCCGAUCUUUUUCCGCAGCACAUCAAGCAGGAGGGAAGUUUUUCUCUGGAUAAAGACUUGGAAACUUACAGUGGACACACAGUUGCUGGUCCGUGUGAUUUGGGUGGCAACAGCGGUCGUCUACUCGAGGAUACCGAGAUUUGGCAGGACUUGGACCUUCCUAAUUCUCUGCCAGAAAUCAGUGAUUUUGAGUUGGAUUCAGAAGUGGCACAUCUGGAUAACAUCCUACACAGCGGCGCUGGCGGCGGCGGUGGUCCUGUCAGCGGCUUGCUAAAGGAAACAAAGCCUCUCGUGGGUAAUGGAGUAAAUUGUACCAAUGUGAAUGGCACAGACCAGCAGCACCACCCCAUACACCAUCAGCACCAGCAGCACCACCUUCUACAACACCAGCAACAUCAGCUUCACCAUCAGCAGCAGCCUGCGUCACUGCUCUCCAGCGUCAUGAUCAAGGAGGAGAAGGAUCCCGACGACUCUUUCAUCCACAUCCGCACUCCUGGUGUGGUCAAACAGGAGAAGCAGGACGGCGAUGGUUUCUGUCAGUUGCAGUGCCUCCAGAGCAGCAUGAGCUCUCUCCAUGGAGGAAGCGCCAUGUCCUCGCCUAUGGGCGUCGGUGCAGGACCUAGCUACCACUACAGAGCCAACCCAUCCUCCACAGUGGGCCUACAAGACCAGAAGCCUUUUGGUAUGUUCUCAAACAUGCCUCUGGGUGGGGAGAGCUGGGCCAGGGGGAACAGGUUUGGAGAGUCAUCGGGGUUACAGAGGGCUGAUGAUGGAAUCCCCUCCGCCGCAGCCUUGGCGACUUUUUCUGUCAGCUUCUCCAGCCCCUCACCGAGAACAGGAGAGACCAGCAGUACUGCAGUGCCGGGCCAAACCAAGCCCAGUGGGCAGACUCACAAGAUCUGUUUGGUGUGUUCAGACGAGGCCUCGGGAUGCCACUACGGGGUUGUUACCUGCGGCAGCUGCAAGGUGUUCUUCAAGAGAGCCGUCGAAGGAUGGAGAGCACGACAAAACACAGAUGGCCAGCACAACUACCUGUGUGCAGGGAGAAACGACUGCAUCAUCGAUAAGAUCCGAAGGAAGAACUGUCCGGCAUGCCGCUUCAGGAAAUGUCUUCAAGCCGGAAUGAACUUGGAAGCGAGGAAAAACAAGAAGCUGAUCAAGAUGAAAGUGCAGCGGCCUCCUGCAGAGCCUAUCAACAACAUGCCUAUUCCAGUCAUCCCCAGGUGCAUGCCCCAACUUGUGCCCACCAUGCUGUCUGUGCUCAAGGCUAUCGAGCCAGAGGUCAUAUACUCCGGCUAUGACAGCACGCUGCCUGACACCUCCUCGCGGCUCAUGACCACGCUCAACAGGCUGGGGGGACAGCAGGUCAUCUCUGCAGUCAAGUGGGCCAAGUCACUACCAGGCUUCCGUAACCUGCACCUGGAUGACCAGAUGACAUUGCUUCAGUGCUCCUGGCUCUUCCUCAUGUCCUUCAGUCUCGGUUGGAGGUCAUAUGAGCAGUGUAACGGCAGCAUGCUCUGCUUCGCCCCUGAUCUCGUCAUCAACAAAGACCGUAUGAAGCUGCCCUUCAUGACCGACCAGUGCGAGCAGAUGCUGAAGAUCUGCAAUGAGUUUGUCAGACUGCAGGUGUCCUAUGAGGAGUACCUGUGUAUGAAGGUCCUGUUACUGCUCAGUACAGUACCGAAAGAUGGCCUGAAAAGCCAGGCAGUGUUUGACGAGAUCAGGAUGACGUACAUCAAGGAGCUGGGAAAAGCCAUCGUCAAGAGAGAGGAGAACGCUAGUCAGAACUGGCAGCGUUUCUACCAGCUAACUAAGCUACUGGACUCCAUGCAGGAGAUGGUCGAGGGUCUUCUCCAGAUCUGUUUCUACACCUUUGUGAAUAAAACCCUCAGUGUGGAAUUCCCGGAGAUGCUGGCGGAGAUCAUCUCCAACCAAAUACCAAAAUUUAAAGACGGGAGUGUCAAGCCUCUGCUGUUUCAUCAGAAAUGACUGCCUUAAACUGUGAAGCAAUGCCUUAAAUCCUGCCCUGCCCAUGUACCUCUGCGGGGCCCCAAGCUUUCACCCCAAGCCGUAAGCCUUUGCUUGUCCUGCCUCCGCUAUCACUUGGAUUGGAUUCCUCAGUUUUCCCAGGCCCCCUCUAGGAAUUCUGCCACGCCCCUCCUAGCCUCAGCCAUUCAGACUAAUCUCGGAGCACAAUACCUGUGGCCUCACACCAACUAAUCUGGCCCCAUGUUGGGCCAAACAAGGACACCCUACCACCAACCUGUAGCCCGUCCUCUUGGCUAAACAAGAAGAAAAUUGUCCUCCAGGAGAAAUGUUUUGGCUCUGAAUGUCUCGUGGGCAGGAUGCACAUUGUGGGCAUUCUGUCUAUUUGAUUUAUUUUCCAGCCCCCUCACCCCCUCCUCCGUCCACGGCCCUGUCCUCAGGUUUCUAAUGCUGUUUCUUUUGGUGGCCGCCUGCCUCUUACUCUCUCCUGCCUAUAGUGUUUUAUUGCUGUUUUUACUGACAAGCCAACACCUAGAAACACCUUUUCCACCCUUAACAUGACACCUUAUAUACUGCCCAUUGCGCCGGAUUAGCAGCCUAUUGAGGGUCCCUCCAAAUUCAAGCCUACUGUUCCUCUGCUCACCUGCCCAGCUUGUCUCUGUUUGCCCUUCCCAGCUCCACUGCGCAGAGAAUGUAGUGAGUUUUCACUUGUUUCCAGAGGACUGUUGGCGAAGAAGGGGAUAAACAAAAACACAGAAAAAUAAGAAACGUACUUUGACAUGACAGAAUCUUUUUUUUUUCCUGCUGGACCCGAAGACUCUAAGGACAAACUCUUUUCAGCUAUGAGUCAGUUAUCAUUGAUGAAAUGAUAUAAAUCAGAUUUAUAUACCUGGCCAAUGGAGAAAAAAAAACAGCCAGAGGAAUAUUCAUUUAUUUUAUGCAGACACUCACAUGCAAAAGUCACGCUUACACACACACGGACAUAAAACAUACCAAGUAUUCAUAGACACACACACACACUCAGCAAAAUGUUUACACAGGAUGUAUCUGAGAAGGGAAAAACAGUGCCUUUUAGCUUUUAAAGCUCUUCACAGCCAUCCUCUCCAAGCCGAACUUUUGUUUUUUUUCGUGUAUGAAUCUAACUUACACAUACGUCAUACCUCCACAUUUUUUUUUUUUCCUGUUUUCGUUUUCCGAGCUAGCAGUUUCUGUUUUCUUUCCAAGCAGCCGUUGUUGGCAUUUUUUAAUGUGGGCAGCUCUCUCGGUUCUGAUCCCCAGACAUUCACCAAGCAAGACAGCCUAUGGUACAGCUUAGAAAUGAAAUUUUAGGUCUUAGAAAGUUUGAGAAUCGCAGAUAAAAAGACAGGGAAAGUUAAAAAAAAAAAAAAAAAAAAGUGUCUCUUUAUCCCAUGUAAAGCAUAUUUGAUAAAUACUGCAUCUUCCAAUCAGUAUCACAUUGUUACACAAAAUUACAGUAUCCAGAUUAUAUCAACAAAUAUAACGCUGAAUAAACAAUCAAUUCCUAAACAAGUUUGUGAGUAGCUGCAACCACAUUGAUGGAGGCCACUGGAAUUAAACAAGGCAUUUUGAUAUUUUCUCAUAUUUAGGGGCAUACAGAUUUAGAUCUUGGAAUAAUCAGUGAGUUGUGAAUUGGAAUAAGAUUUUUUUUUACAGAUCUUUGCAAUUCAUUCAGAUGCAACCACACAGGUGGGGUUUUUAAGACUGAAAUACCUUUAAAAAAACAUCCAAGGUAUCUGUGCGUUAGUUAAUAGCCAUAGAAAACCUGGCUUAAAGUCAAAACCGUCCUUCAUUGCCAGCUGCAUUCAUGCUAAGGUAUUAGUUUAGGGUUAGGUUCUAGAUUUUCAAAAUAAGGUACCACGAACAAGUUAGGUGCUCAACAGUUCUCAAAUUACUAAAUACUUAGAAUAGUAUUAUUUCACCCUUUAGUACUCCUGAUAGAUCAACAAAAAGCAUAUUAUUUGUGACAAAAGUAUUUCACUCAAAACAUCAUUUUAAAUGAAAAAUGCCCUUUAAUCAGCUUCAUCUCAAAUUGUUUGCACAGAUGGGAAGUGGGGUUUUUAUUAAGUUGUUGAGCUUAGCAUGGCUGAAAAGGUAAUUGAAUAUAUAUAUAUAAAUAAAUAUAUGUUUUGUAUAUGAGAUAUAUAAAAAUAGAGACACCCGUUAUCGAUGGAAACUCUACUCAGCACAGGACUUCACCUCUAAAGUUGAAAUAUUUUUGGUAGAAGAUGCAGCUUGAUCCAAAUAAUUUGUAGAUCAAAGCUCAGGCUAUGAGUGACUACAUCAUCCAGAUGUGCUCCACUAGUGCCAAAUGUAAUAUCAAGUUUUUAUAUAUAUAUAUAUAUAUAUAUAUAUAUAUCCUUUCCUGGAGAUGUGAAGAAGUGAUGAUUCAGCUAGGACUCAACAUGAUGUGGUUUUUGUAACUUUGCUUGAGGGUGCUCAUUUAUGAGCUCUUAGUUCCGUGUCACACCUACACCAGCUUAGAAGUACUGAUUGUUCUCAUCCAAGUCAAGUGUAUGUAUGUCUUGUAUCAACUUUUUUUUUUUUUUUUUUUUUUUGGAGAUGCACAAAAUAUUGUAUUUUUGAAAUUGCAAAGCAGUAAUAUACACUGCUGUCAAACAGUUGGUGGUCAGCAUUCGGUACAUUUGUAAUGUGAAAACGUCCGUACCAGCUUAUGUGAUGGCCGAAGCAAAUAGACAUUAACAGUGCCGUUGUACAUUGGCUUCUGCUGGAAGUGCAAACACAAUGCUCCCCCCUCAUAGUUCUAUUUUCCUCAGUGUUUCUUGUAACUGCCAGGCCUUUCUGCCUAAAAUGUCGACCGUACAGAUUUUCAGCUGUUUACUCUGAAUGGUACUCAUCCCUCCGCAGCGCAUAACUCUGAAUGGCAGUUAACAGACCAGGUAGCAGGUUGCCAUAGAGACCGAUCAUUUGUGUGUUACUUCCUGCAAACAGCACAGCAGACUCUGGACGCAUACAAGCCACUAUUAAAUAAGAGCCAUCAUGUUUUUAAUCAGCCAUUCUGCCAAAGGAUGGUCAUUCACAGCAGGGUUGUUUCAUGUGCAGUGCAGGCUUUCAGCCUCGCUCGCUCACUCGGUCUCUUGGCCUUGCGCUUUGAUGAACAUGGGCUUGAUGGCGCUCACAUCAGUGUUGAUUAUUCUGGGGAAGCUUUGACUAAAGUGUAUUUGUUUGGGUGACUUUUGCAUACAGUAGUACAGUUGUUUCCAGGUGGUGGUGCUUCAGAGAACCAGCUUUAACGUGUAGAUGUAACCAUAUCCCUGCUCAUUUCUAAAUGGCCAUAAGUGUAUAUAACAGCGCCAACAUAUCCAGUGCAAUGUAAACAAUGUCUAUUAUUACAAAAUAUUUUUACAUGGACAUAAUCUCUAUACUCAUACACUUUUCUCUUUUACCUUUCAACUACAUGUAAAGGCCUUGCGAAAGGGAGACAGAGAGCCAUAGAAAUACAAUUUCAAAUCAGGAAAUAGAUAAACCCUUAACAAAUAUUAAUGCUUUUGGAGAUUGAUCUAUUGUAAGAAAAAAAAGACAAUAUUUUCUGUGAUUUUGAAUACAUUAGCUUGAUCUUCUUUGAUAUGGAUAAUUUUACCCAAUCCUUUUUGUACAUUGAACGAGUCAAGAAAGUAAAUAUUUUUCUGUUUGUUGGUUUGUGUUUGAUAAAGGUAGACGUGUUGAAUACAUUAGGAAGUGUUAAACAUGUUCGUCUUGUGAAGUAAAUGUAAAUUUUACGAGUCAAUGGGAAAGUCUAUAUGAAUGCUCACUGUGUUUUAAAGUUAUAAGGAAACGAGGGAGGAAAGGCGAGACGGACUGGAGGAGGUUUUUGCGUUAUAUAUGAGUGACCAAAGCAGAGAGGAGGAAAAAAAAAAGAUUUAACAAACAAAAAGAAGUAUUCAAGCAGUUACAUUUUAAGUAGCACUUAUUAUCCAACUUCUAGUACUUCUUAUUUUAUUUGAAAGGUAUCUUUUGUAAGGGUCCAGGCUUUGGAUCCCAUGUAUAUUGCUGUGAGGAUUUACUGGUCACUUUAAAAUAGAAAAUGAAACAAAAAAAGUUGAAUCUUCGUGUGAAAGUAAAUCUACCAGAGCCUGACGGAAUUGCACUACCCUCAUACUGGUUGAUAAAGUCUAUUUUGUAUAAAAUACAUGCAAAUAUUAUCUUUAAAGAUUAAGGGCAGAUCAUGUUUCACUGGUACAUAUGGCUAUGGCUUUCAUUGAAGUCUGUUUUGUUCGUAUUUCAGUUAUGUAAAUGUAAUCCAAUGUAAAAACAAACAAAAAAUAUAAAAUGUUUGUUUAAAAAAACAAUAGUUUGUUUUACUUCUGUAUUACACCUCUUCUGUAGUCAGUGUCGAUAUUUUCACCUAUUUGAUUAAAUGUUGAAUUAAGUUAUCUGUGUUGUUCUUUGACAUCGGAUUUGGCAUUGUGUUGGUAACAACUUGGCUGAAGUUUUUCUCAUCACGGGUUGAAAGUGGAGAUCCAGAAGAACUGAUUUCUUUUUAGUUCAGACAUCUUACACAAUAAAGUUUCCUGUUUUUCAACACUCA